GCCAGAGGCGGGACCAGCCGCCGCCGUCUCCGUCUCAGAGUCCCGACCCCCACUCCUCCCGGCAGCUGCAGCGGGAGAAGCGGAAACUGCUGGGUGCGCCGCGCCGGCCGAGAGCGCGCCGAGGAGCAGCGGGGCGGCCUCCGUCCGGCCCAGACCCGCCGACCGGCGCCCGGCACCGCCUUCCCCGCGGCCCCGCGCCCCGCGCCGCGGCCCCGCCCCGGCCCCGCCCGAGCUCGCCGCGCGCCCCGCGCCGGCCCCUGCGGCCCGAUCGCGCCCACCUGAGCCCGUCUGCGCCCACCUGAGCCCGUACGCUGGCGCCAUGGCGGAGCAGGAGAGCCUGGAGUUCGGCAAGGCGGACUUCGUUCUGAUGGACACCGUCUCCAUGCCCGAGUUCAUGGCCAACCUCCGGCUCAGAUUUGAAAAAGGGCGCAUCUACACAUUCAUUGGAGAAGUCGUUGUUUCUGUGAAUCCUUACAAGCCGUUGAACAUCUACGGGAGAGACACGAUCGAGCAGUACAAAGGACGGGAGCUGUACGAGAGACCUCCUCAUCUUUUUGCAAUUGCGGAUGCUGCUUACAAAGCUAUGAAGAGACGCUCCAAAGACACUUGUAUUGUGAUAUCAGGGGAGAGUGGAGCUGGGAAAACCGAAGCAAGUAAAUACAUCAUGCACUACAUAGCGGCCAUCACCAACCCCAGCCAGAGAGCCGAGGUGGAAAGAGUGAAGAACAUGUUGCUUAAGUCCAACUGUGUCUUGGAAGCUUUCGGAAAUGCCAAAACCAACCGCAACGACAACUCAAGCAGGUUUGGAAAAUAUAUGGACAUCAACUUUGAUUUCAAGGGCGACCCUAUCGGUGGACAUAUCAACAACUACUUACUGGAGAAGUCUCGAGUGAUUGUGCAACAGCCAGGAGAGAGAAGCUUUCAUUCUUUUUAUCAGCUACUCCAAGGAGGUUCAGAGCAGAUGCUACGCUCUCUACAUCUCCAGAAAUCCCUGUCAUCCUACAACUAUAUCCACGUAGGCGCUCAAUUAAAGUCUUCUAUCAACGAUGCUGCAGAAUUCAAAGUAGUAGCUGAUGCCAUGAAAGUAAUUGGCUUCAAACCUGAGGAGACUCAAACGGUGUAUAAGAUUCUGGCGGCCAUUCUUCACUUGGGAAAUUUAAAAUUCGUGGUGGACGGUGACACGCCUCUCAUUGAAAAUGGCAAGGUUGUAUCUAUCAUAGCAGAGCUACUCUCCACCAAGACGGACAUGGUAGAGAAGGCCCUUCUCUACCGGACGGUGGCCACAGGUCGUGACAUCAUUGACAAGCAGCACACGGAGCAGGAAGCCAGCUACGGCAGAGAUGCCUUCGCUAAGGCAAUUUACGAACGCCUCUUUUGCUGGAUCGUCACCCGCAUCAAUGACAUUAUUGAGGUCAAGAACUACGACACCACAAUCCAUGGGAAAAAUACCGUCAUCGGUGUCUUGGAUAUCUAUGGGUUUGAAAUCUUUGACAACAACAGCUUCGAGCAGUUCUGCAUCAACUACUGCAAUGAGAAGCUGCAGCAGCUGUUCAUUCAGCUCGUGCUGAAGCAGGAGCAGGAGGAGUACCAGCGGGAGGGCAUCCCCUGGAAGCACAUCGAUUACUUCAACAAUCAGAUCAUCGUGGACCUCGUGGAGCAGCAGCACAAGGGGAUCAUCGCCAUUCUGGAUGACGCCUGCAUGAACGUCGGCAAAGUCACCGACGAAAUAUUCCUCGAAGCACUUAAUAGUAAAUUGGGCAAACACGGCCAUUUUUCCAGCCGAAAGCUCUGCGCCUCAGACAAGAUCCUGGAGUUUGAUCGAGAUUUUCGAAUCCGGCAUUAUGCAGGUGACGUAGUCUAUUCGGUCAUUGGAUUUAUUGACAAAAAUAAAGACACUUUGUUUCAAGAUUUCAAGCGUCUCCUGUAUAACAGUUCCAAUCCUGUGCUGAAGGAUAUGUGGCCCGAAGGCAAACUGAGUAUUACGGAGGUGACCAAGCGACCUCUGACUGCUGCCACCUUGUUUAAGAAUUCAAUGAUCGCUUUAGUGGACAACCUUGCAUCCAAGGAGCCAUAUUAUGUACGUUGCAUCAAACCCAAUGACAAGAAAUCCCCACAGAUAUUUGAUGAUGAGCGCUGCAGGCACCAAGUAGAGUAUCUUGGACUACUGGAGAACGUGAGGGUGCGGCGAGCGGGGUUUGCCUUCCGGCAAACGUACGAGAAGUUUCUUCACAGAUACAAAAUGAUCUCUGAAUUUACCUGGCCCAACCAUGACCUUCCUUCAGACAAAGAGGCUGUCAAGAAGCUGAUUGAACAUUGUGGUUUUCAGGAUGACGUAGCUUAUGGGAAAACCAAAAUUUUCAUUCGAACACCCCGAACACUGUUUACCUUGGAGGAGCUCCGUGCCCAGAUGCUCAUAAGGAUUGUCCUCUUUCUACAAAAGGUGUGGCGAGGCACGCUGGCCCGCAUGCGGUACAAGAGAACCAAGGCAGCUCUGACAAUUAUCCGGUACUACCGGCGUUACAAAGUGAAGUCGUACAUUCACGAGGUUGCCAGACGCUUCCAUGGCGUCAAGACCAUGAAGGACCACGGCAAGCACGUGAAGUGGCCAACCCCACCUAAAGUUCUCCGCCGUUUCGAGGAGGCCUUACAGGCCAUUUUUAAUAGAUGGAGAGCAUCCGAGCUCAUCAAGAGCCUGCCUGCUUCCGACCUGCCCCAGGUCAGGGCCAAGGUUGCAGCCAUGGAAAUGCUGAAAGGUCAGAGGGCUGACCUUGGGCUCCAGAGAGCCUGGGAGGGCAACUAUCUUGCUUCGAAGCCAGACACACCUCAGACCUCAGGCACUUUUGUCCCCGUCGCAAACGAGCUGAAAAGGAAGGACAAAUACAUGAAUGUCCUCUUUUCCUGUCACGUCCGAAAGGUGAAUCGAUUUAGUAAGGUGGAGGACCGAGCAAUUUUUGUCACCGAUCGUCACCUCUAUAAGAUGGAUCCCACUAAACAGUACAAGGUGAUGAAGACCAUCCCUCUGUACAACUUGACUGGUCUGAGCGUCUCCAAUGGAAAGGACCAACUUGUAGUGUUCCAUACAAAAGACAACAAAGACCUCAUUGUCUGCCUCUUCAGCAAACAGCCAACCCAUGAGAGUCGAAUAGGAGAACUUGUUGGCGUCCUGGUGAAUCAUUUCAAGAGUGAGAAGCGCCACCUUCAAGUCAACGUCACUAACCCCGUGCAGUGCAGCCUGCACGGGAAGAAGUGCACGGUCUCCGUGGAGACGCGGAUCAACCAGCCGGAGCCCGACUUCACCAAGAACCGCUCCGGCUUCAUCCUCAGCGUGCCAGGGAACUGACCGCUCACCGGGGAGGCCUUGCAGCCCCCAUCUGACUUGCUGACUCCCCGCUACCGCCCGCUAGAAAUCAGCUCACAAGGGUCCUCCGUGCUUGGGGCCGAGCCCCUCUCCUGCCUCCUCCAGGGCUCUUCCCCUGAGGUUUUCUUGCUGGUUUUCUGCCUUUCCUCCUCUCCCCCCACUUUCCACAGCCCUCACUCAACAAACCAAAGACCCUGGUGCCCUGCCACAGACCCCUGGGCUCACACUCAGACACAGCUCCCUGCAGAGGCCACUCAAUGUCGGCAGAGGCCCCUGCCGCCACAUCCCCCACCCCCAUUGGCCUGUUCAGGUCCACAUGUCCUGACCCACUGACCUGCACCUGACCCCACAAGGGGUGGAUGUAGUUUUCCCAACCCAAAACGUGUUCCCCUGGGGGGUUUGGGGGAUAUCGUCGGAGAUGAGCUGGGGAUAUAGCCCUGUUUUCUCCAUAAGCACAGCCCGCCACCCCUUUCCCCUAAGGGUCCCUGGCUCAGAGCUCCUCAGUGGGGCUCCUCUCCCCAGCAGUCAGCCAGAGCCAUCAGGGAGGCAGGUUCACCUGUCAGGCCAGCCCCUCGGCCCCUGGCCAGAACAUCCGUGCCCAGCUGGCGGCCCAGCCUGCACGCCCCCCUGCCCCGCACCCCCAGGCCCACAGGCCACCUCUCUGGGAGAGAGCAGAGCAGGUGCUCCAAGGCCCAUCUUAACUGCAUGGCCUGUGCCCAUGGCAGUCACACAGUGACAUGUGCAACACUCAGGGCUGCACAUCGGACACAGUGUCUGCUGUGCCCACACUCCCGGAGGGAGCACCAAUUAGAAAACGGAGUUCUAGGGGGCAGGGAGCACUCCAAGUGGCGGUGGGGGAGAGGGGGGUCUGAAGUUUUCUCCUUCUGACACCUCUGUUUCAGACACGUUUGGAGAACAAGGACCAGGGCCAGAGGGGCAGAGUGACAGAAACAGAGUGGGGGGGUCCUGGCACUGCAGGCCAGGCCAGGAUGCCCCCCCAGCCCCUCAUACACCUCCCCACCCCACCCCCGCAGCUGGGGCCCAGGCUGGGCCUGCAGGCCUCAUGCCAGGAGAGUGCCACGGUCUUGCCAGGCUGGGCCCAGCAGGAUGCUUCCUGAGACCCAUCCGCUCCUGAGCUUCGACUGAGGACGCUGCCCCAAGCCCCGAGCAGCGCAGGCUGCCCAGGCCAGGAGACUUAAAAGGAGAAACCUGGGACACCCCAAUGUGGGGAGGAGGCUGAGGGGGAGCCCACAGCUUGGGAGGAGACCAUUGGGAGAGAAAAGAGGGACGUGCUGACGUUCUCCUCACUUUUUAUGCCACAGAUGUGCCCACUCCCUCCUCCUACCACCUCCCCCUGCUCCCGAGCCUCCACCCUGACUCCGCAACACACACUAGUGCCUGAGCGCAGCACCCUGCCCCCCGCCGUGCCUGGCCCGGCGCCUGCCACCAUGACCUGGCCAAACCGCCGGGUGGUCCCAACAAGCAGCCCGGUUUUCCCCACACCCCUGCCUGACUCCCCAUGGCCCCCAAAACCGCAAAACCUUUGCACCAUGUGCAAUUUGCGACAAAGAAUCCUCUUGGCAUCCGGUCCUUAGAAAGCCUUUCUCAUUCUGGAAGCCCGGUCAGCUGCAGGCCCGCACAGAGGCACCACCAGCCUGUUUAGCAGCGGAGUUUUGCCAAUCACCUUGACACUAGCAGAACCAUCCUCCCUGGGAUGGCGCCUGCUCUCCUUUCCACUCAUUUCCCCAACCUUGUUGCUUUACACUAGAGACGUGCGCAUGUAUGUUUUAGAUGCACCAAAAUGGAACAUGCCAAAAGGAGUGCCUUUCUGGGGCUGGGGAGGAGGGUAGGUGGUGGGGUCCUUUGUGCUGCCUCUCGGGGUUGCCUGGGGCUCCUCGGCCCCUUGCAGCUGAGGACCAGUCGACAAGCACUUUUUCCUGGUGUCCUAACAGAAUCCCAGUAUGUGGCAGCUGGGGAAGGCUCCCGCCUUCAGGGCGUCAGCUUCACAGUGCCUCCAGGUGCUGGGGGAGGGGGGCAAGCAGGAGGACACAGUGAUUGUAUGCAAUGAAGUGUUUCUCUUGAUCUAAUUAAAUGCAGUUUUAUGGUUUGCUGCGUUUAUUCCUAUUUUCCAUUAAAUUAACUUUAUUUCUAGAGCAUAUUUUGAUUUACCAUCAAGAGCAAUAAAGCAUUAAAUCUUA